CGGUGACGUCAUUGCGUCUCAAUAUCCAUAAUGAAUCUGCAGCUGACUGGAGAGCAACAAUAACAAGAGAAGCUCCGCGAUAAAAACGAGUUAUUGUCUCGUCUCUGACACCUUUGCCAGCAUUCUGUCACCAACGCCCUUGGCGAAUUAACUCUGGCCUCCGCUUCCUCCGACUCGGAAACCGGCGGAGUGUCGCCGCCACCGCGGAAGAAAUACCGAGCUUCGGUGGUGGAGGGAGCAGGGGAGCUUGGGGCUGCAAUUGGGUCAGCGGCCCUGUCUACAGUUGUGGGGAUUUUAACUUUUCCCAAUUCACCCGUUGCUCCUGUCAUUCGAUUAAAUCCGCAUAGUGUAGCCCACAUCUACAUUAAUAACAUGCAGGCCAACGGGGCAGGACAGGGUCAAGAUUUGGAGCUGUCCUGCCUAAACAACAGUGCGCAAAACGGAGAGCCGUCCUCCGCCGGGGGAGCUCACACUAACGUUAAUGGACUAUCCACAACAAACAAUGGGAACUCUGUCAGUAACAACGUCGGUAUCCCAGCCCCAGCAGCAUCCAACAACGCCGUGUCUUCGGAUGCAAACUCCGUGAAAAAGAAGAAGCGUCUCUCUCAGUCAGAGGAAGAUGUCAUUAGACUUAUAGGGCAACAUUUACACGAUUUAGGACUUAAUCAGACAGUGGACCUGUUGAUGCAGGAGUCUGGCUGCAGACUGGAGCAUUCCUCUGCCACGAAGUUCUGCAACCAUGUGGUGGAAGGAGAGUGGGACAAGGCUGAAAGUGACCUGAGUGAGCUGAAAGCAUUGAUGCAUUCUCCAAGUGCUAUUGUGCGGAUGAAGUUCCUGCUCCUGCAACAGAAGUAUCUGGAGUAUCUGGAGGAUGCCAAGGUCCUGGAGGCAUUGCAGGUCCUGAGAGCUGAGCUCACUCCCCUCAAGUACAACACAGAGCGUAUCCACAUCCUGAGCGGGUACUUGAUGUGCAGCCAUGCAGAGGACCUGAGAGCAAAGGCAGAGUGGGAGGGUAAAGGCACUGCCUCCCGCACUAAACUCCUGGACAAGUUACAGAUGUACCUGCCUCCCUCUGUGAUGCUGCCUCCGCGCCGGCUGCAGACCCUGCUGAGGCAGGCUGUGGAGCUGCAGAGAGAGCGCUGCCUCUACCACAACACCAAGCUGGACAGUGGCCUGGACUCUGUGUCCCUCCUCCUGGACCACGCCUGCAGCCGGAAACAGUUCCCUUGUUACACCCAGCAGAUCCUCACCGAACACUGCAAUGAAGUGUGGUUCUGCAAGUUCUCCAAUGACGGCACCAAACUCGCCACGGGAUCCAAAGACACCACAGUCAUCGUGUGGCAUGUCAACACAGAGAGUCACCAGUUGAAACUGAUGAAGACUCUUGAGGGCCACGCCUACGGUGUCUCAUACCUGGCCUGGAGCCCUGAUGACACUUACUUGAUUGCCUGUGGCCCCGAUGACUGCUCAGAGCUGUGGCUGUGGAACGUACAGACGGGUGAGUUGCGGACAAAGAUGAGCCAAUCACACGAGGACAGUCUGACCAGUGUGGCAUGGAAUCCAGACGGCAAGCGCUUCGUCACCGGAGGCCAGAGGGGCCAGUUCUACCAGUGUGAUCUGGAUGGUAACCUGCUGGACUCGUGGGAAGGAGUAAGGGUUCAGUGCCUGUGGUGCCUGGGUGACGCUCGGACCGUCCUGGCAUCAGACACACACCAGCGUAUCCGUGGUUACAACUUUGAGGACCUUACGGACAGAAACAUAGUCCAGGAGGACCAUCCAAUCAUGUCUUUCACAGUUUCAAAGAACGGGAGGUUAGCUCUGCUGAAUGUGGCUACUCAGGGUGUGCACCUGUGGGACCUACAUGACCGGGUGCUGGUGAGGAAGUAUCAGGGCGUGACACAGGGCUUCUACACCAUCCACUCCUGCUUUGGAGGACACAACGAAGACUUCAUCGCCAGUGGGAGUGAGGAUCACAAAGUGUACAUCUGGCACAGGCGCAGUGAGCUGCCCAUCGCAGAGUUGACAGGUCAUACACGUACAGUGAACUGUGUGAGCUGGAAUCCUGUAGUGCCCGGUCUCCUGGCCAGCGCCUCAGACGACGGCACCGUUCGAAUCUGGGGGCCCGCCCCUUUCCUUGAUGUCCAGGACGCUGAGGGGCUAAACGAAUGUUGUAGCAUGGACAGCUGAUGGUGACCUUGGAGCAGAAGACUCUACUUCUCGAAUCCAGGAGAACAACACUAGACUCUAACAAAUGAAGCAGAGAAACUAUUGCAUUUUGACAGCUGCUUUCUGGAGGUUUGGCCCUGGGGCUGUGCUCCGGCGGCAGGUGAUAACGUCACACACACACGGAGCUGUCAGAGAAAUCACAGAAAUUAACUGAUUACCCAGCAGCCACCUUGACUGUGACAUCCCACCUCCUCUUACCUGUCUCCCACCUCUUACCUGUGUGGCUCACAGUGUCUGAUGUCUGCACCUCCUGUGUUCAGCCAGGCCCCAUCCUCUUUUGUCUCAGAGCUAACCCCAGGACUGACACCUUUCACCUGCCUCGUUGAGAGUUUAUUAUUUAUUAUGGAUAAUAUUAUUUAUUGUCAUGAUUAGUACGUUGAUAUAUAGAGAGGGCUGUAGUGGUGGAGAGUGAUAAGGGUAUAUAUAGUGCUGUGAAACUAUUUGCUCCCGUUCUAAUUGUCUCCUUUUGCUUAUUUUUGAUACUGAAUGCUAUCAGAUCUUCAACCAAAACUGAAUAUUAGAUCAAGGGAACCUGAGUGAAUAAAUAACACAAUCGUUACAUAUUUAUUUUCAUAAACAAAGUUGUGCAACACCCCUGUUUGAAAAAUUAAUUGCCCACUUACACUCAGUAGCUGGUUGUGCCACCUUGACCUAGAAUGACUCGAACCAAACGUUUCCUGUCGUUGUUAAUUAGUCUCAUGUCGCUGUGGAGGAAUUUUGGCCCACUCUUCCAUGUAGAACUGCUUUAACUCAGUGACAUUUGUGGGUUUUCAAGCAUGAAAUGCUAGUUUCAAAUCCUGCCACAACAUCUCAAUUGGAAUUAGGUCUGGACUUAGACUAGGCCAUUCCAAAACUUCAAAUUUGUUUCUUUUUCAUGUCUUGCUGCAUGGCCCAGCUGGGUUUCCGCUUCAGCUCACGGAGGGAUAGCCUGACAAUCUCCUGUAGAAUUCUGAUACAGAGCGGAAUUCAUGGUUUGUUCUAUUAAGGCAAGUCACCCAGGUCCUGAGGCAGCAAAGCAUCCCCAAACCAUCACAUUACCACCAUCAUGCUUAAGGUUUUUAUUGUGGAAUGCAGUGUUUGGUUUUCGUCAGGUGUUAUUGGACCCAUGUCUUCAUAAAAGUUAUACUUUUGAAAAGUCUGUCCACAGAACUAUCUUCCUAGAGUCUUGAGGAUAAUCCAGGUACUUUGUUGGCAAACUUGAGUCAACUUUUUGGAUGAGAAGGGUCCCAUUAUGUCCUGCAAAACCAAACACUGCAUUCCACAGUAAGAAACUCAUACCAACGGUCAAGCAUGGUGGUGGUAGUGUGUUGGGUUGGGGAUGCUUUGCUGCCUCAGGAUCUAGACGACUUCCCUUAAUAGAAGGAACCAUGAAUUCUGCUUUGUAUCAGAUAAUUCUACAGGAGAAUAUCAGCCAUUGGUCUAUGGGCUGAAGCUGAAGAGCAGCUGGGUCAUGCAGCAAGGCAAUGAUCCGAAACACACAAUCAAGUCUACAUGAAAAUGGUUAAAAAGUAACAAAUUUGACGUUUUGGAAUGGAUUAGUCAAAGUCCAGACUUAAUCCCAAUUGAGAUGACACGAGCAGUUCAUGCUUGAAACCCCCCAAAAUGUUCUGCGUACAAGAGUUUGUGAAAAUUCCUCCACAGCGAUGUGAGACUGAUCAACAACUACAGGAAGCAUUUGGGUGCAGUCAUUGCAGCUAAAGGUGGCACAACCAGUUAUGGAGUGUAAGGGGGCAAUUGCUUUUUAACACAGGGGAACACUUUGUUAAUAGAGUUUUCUUGUAAACUCGGGUUCCCUUCAUCUAAUAUUAGGUUUUGGUUGAAGAUUUGAUAACAUUCACUAUCAGAAAUAUGCAAAAAUAGAGAAAAUCACAAAGGGGGCAAAUACUUUUCACAGCACUGUAUAUCUAUGUUGUUCUUCCAACAGGAAAGGCAUUUUUUAUUGGUUUAUUCAUUGCUGCCUCUAAUAAACGUCUCAACGUAUAUGAGAUUGGUUUUCACACGCUGGAAAUAUUUGUUUUUUUUUAUUUAACCAAACUUUUAGCAAUUUUUAAAUGAUAGGACUUACAGGCAUUUUAACUGAAUCGGAUGGAUAUAAAAUCCACACAUCUAAGUGAAUCUUGGAGGUGCUUGUAUGGUUAUGAUGUUUACGUUUGUUUGGUGUUUUUUUAACACAGUAAAAUAUCAUUUUAAAUUGGAUGUAGCUUUGUUUCCCCGAAUUGGUGGGAUGGUGAGAUUGAUGUGCAUGUUGCUUAGGCCUCUGCUGCCAGAAGAAACCAUUUUGACCACCAGUGGUUCACAGCUAAAUAACAUUUGAUUAUAUGGUGGCUAUGCUCUUACUCUUCAGUCUCCUUGCUAGACCUAGUGAAGCACGUGCUGAGGCUAACUUUCUAAUGGGAACGUUUAGGAGGUUAUAGUUGUGGAGAGGUUAGGUAGUGGGGGAAGGACUUGCUUAAACUUGCUGUUUGAACUGGGUUGUAUCAGCAAUGAGGUUGACUGGGUUUUCCUUGACUUUGAUCUCAUUUAUGUGUCUACCAUUGUGCUGUUUUCAUUUUACCUCCAUUUCCCUCUUCUCUCCUUGCCUCUCACUUGUUCCCUUCUCUCCUAUCCCUCGUCUUUAGCGCUUACGUUUUUGGUGUAUCCACUUUUUUCUCUAGCUGUGGUGAAAUUAGCAUUUAUUUGCUGCUUGGUUUGUUUUUCAUUGUCCUGAUUUGUUAUGUGUUCAUUACAGGCUGACAUAAGUUGUUUUUUUUAUGGCUUUUGUGAAUUUUGUUACUAUUGUUUUCUGUUUCAUGUAUCUCAUAUUCCCUCUUCAACCAUUUCAUUUUCUAUAAGUUAAUUUAUUUGACCACAAUUAAUCAUGUAUGUGUAAUGCAUUUGUACACAAGUGUAUCAGAUAAUUAUGAACAUGUACAAAUUGUUCCUUUUGGACAGUCAAGCAAAAUAAGCUUUUCUGAUAUAGUAUGCGCUUUAUAUCUGCAUAUGUUAUGGCAUGUAUAAUGAGAUGUGCAAGAACAGCAUAUAGGCUCAGCAUUUAACCGCGACACAGAUCUCCCCUGCCCACAGGUCAUUACAGCCACCACCAGCUUGUUCUGUUACAGAAGACUGAUAGAUAUAAAAGACACACCUCAGUACAGAUCAAACAGUAAAACAAUCACAGAUGUGGUGUUCUAGGUUCAGCUUAUGCAAGUUUUUGUUCUUUUGAGACUUACCUUAUUUUGGGGCUUAUUUCCCACUCCUUGCUGUAAACGCUUGGCGAGGUGAGAAGCCAUCGUUAGGUUUGUUUGUUAGUGGCCAGGUUCGGAAGAAUCCAUUUUGCAAUUAAAUGUGUUAUUACAUAAAGUGAUUGUACUGUUAUGUAAUGUCGUGUAGAAGAUAUGUAUGUAUAUUUUCAAUAAAGCAUUCAGGGUUUUAAGA